AUGAGUUCCAAGGUCACAUACUCUCUAGAAGAGCUUUUUAGCUUUCAAUCAAAAGGUGUCAUUUUUCGAGAUACCCAUCUUCCUGACAAGGAAUUCUGGAGGUUCAAUGCAAAACUGAUUCACAAAAUCAAUGUUGGCCUGAACCGAGGAAAUCAAAAAGGUCAGAAUAGUUUCAAAAAGAAGACUUCAUAUAAACCCGCUGCUGAGGAAAACUCGGAAGAAGAAGUUCCAGAGUGGCUGGACGAGACAGAUUUCCGAGUGGAUAGCACUUUUGCCGGCUACAGCAGUAUCGGAUCGCAUACGUACGAAGAUUUUGAAAGGGAAAAAAGAGAGUUUCACAUGAAAAAUGGCUAUUACGAUCAGCUCAAAGACGACGAGAACGUACAGGGAAACCUAGCAAAUGAAGAGCACACCUUGAAAGAGGAGAUAACAGCGUCCUCAUCCGCAGAAGAUUAUCAAUUCGAUAAGGAGCUGGAGCUAAAGGAUCAUCUUAAUCGGCAGUUCUUUGACAACCUACUCAAAAGUAACGUUGAAUUGAAGCAGGAUCUUUCUAAAGUUCUACCCCAACCAAACAUACAGACAAGAACCCCAGAAACAUCCAAGUUCGAGCGAUUAUUUCAGUCUGAUAAUAGUUUGGAGUUGCCUAAUCAAGCUCCGCAAUCCAACUUCGCACCGCCAAAUCCUUCUCAGAACUAUACGUCUCAAAAUGAGAGGGCCCGCAACACCUCUGCCCCUUCUUAUGUGCCGCCCUAUGGAGCAGUGCUACCUCCUGGUUUACCGAUAGGCAAUCAGCAAGGCCAAAGAUUUCCAGGUGCGCCCAUGGGUUUCAAUCCAGCAGGCCUGCCGCCGCCUCCGCCUGAAUUAUGGAAACUUAUCCAAGAUGGUAAACUGCCUCCUUUACCAGGAAUGCUCCCUGGAGUGAUAGGUUCCAAUCCUCAAAUUCCUCCACAGUUCCCCCCAUAUCCUAAUUUUCAAGGGGCUCCUCAACAUCCAUCGAUGCCUCCCCCACCAGAAUUUAGCUUGCCUGUGGGUGUACAGAAUCUUGCAAAUCCUAACGACCCCCAUAUGAAUGUGACGAACUUGCAUAGGCCUCCACCUCCCCCUGGUCUAAUGCAGUUUCCUCAGUUUCAACAGCAACAUGACUAUUCCCGUGACAAUCGUGGGCCGCCAACCUAA